AUGCAGUCGAAUCAAUCAAAUGUGAUUGAAGAAAUUGUUCAACAAUUAUUAAUUAAUUAUAAAGACUUAUAUAAUGCUACUCAACCGAUUAUCACGACAAUGGAUGAAAAAUACGUCCAACAAAUUUGGGAAUUGUUGAAGCGUGCUAUUCAAGAGAUUCAACGAAAGAAUAAUUCCGGAUUAAGUUUUGAAGAGCUCUAUCGUAAUGCUUACACAAUGGUAUUGCACAAGCAUGGUGAACGAUUGUAUGUUGGUUUGAAAGGAGUUGUGGAGGAUCAUUUAAAAACAGUGCGCGAAGAAGUUUUACGUUCGGUCAAUAGUAAUUUCUUGGAGACAUUGAAUUCCGCUUGGCACGAUCACACAACUGCCAUGGUUAUGAUACGUGAUAUUCUCAUGUAUAUGGACAGAGUUUAUGUGCAACAGCAAAAUGUUGAUCCAGUUUUUAAUCUUGGUCUGACAAUUUUUCGAGAUGAAAUCAUUCGAUAUGGUACAUUAGGUGAUAGUCUUCGCAAUAUACUUCUGAAAAUGAUAGCGGCUGAGAGAGCAGGCGAAAUUAUUGACAGGCUUGCUGUAAAGAAUGCUUGUUGUAUGUUAUUAGCAUUAGGCGUUGAUUCGCGUAAUGUUUAUGAGCAUGAUUUUGAAGUUCAUUUUCUCCGAGUUUCUGCCGAAUAUUUUCGUUCUCUUGCUCAAAAAUUUCUUCUUGAAAAUAAUGCCAUAACGUACCUAAGGAAGGUAGAACAGUGUAUCGAAGAUGAAUCGACAAGAACAAAGUUCUAUUUGGAUAGUGAAACAGAAAAGAAAAUUUUAAAGGUACUGGAUCAAGAGUUAAUAGAAAAACAUAUGACAACUAUCAUAGAAAUGGAAGGCAGUGGAAUUUAUCAUAUGCUAACAAACGAUGACAUUGAUGAUUUAAGUCGUAUGUACAGAAUAAUCAAGCGCGUUAAAAAUGGACUUACGUUUAUGACUGACUGCAUCAGUAGAUAUCUUCGCAAAAAGGGUGAAUCACUGGUAAAUGAAGCUAUUGAAACAGAACCAGGAAAUUCCGGCAGGAGUCCCAUCCAAUUUAUCCAAUCUCUAAUGGUUUUGAAAGAUCGUUUCGAUCAUUUUUUAAAAGACGCAUUCGAGAACGAUAAGUCUUUCAAGCAGAAAAUGCAAAGCGACUUUGAGUAUUUUCUUAAUUUAAAUCCGAAAAGUCCAGAAUAUUUGUCAUUAUUCAUAGAUGAUAAGCUCAAGAAAGGAAUGAGAAUGCUAAAUGAGAGCGAACAGGAAUUGGUGCAGGAAAAAUCGAUGGUUCUUUUCCGUUUCCUUCAGGAUAAAGAUAUUUUUGAAAGCUAUUAUAAAUCCCAUCUUGCUAAAAGAUUGCUAUUGCAACGUAGUAUAUCAGAUGAUGCUGAAAAAUCGAUGGUAUCAAAGUUAAAAACUGAAUGCGGUUGUCAGUUUACAUCAAAGCUGGAAGGAAUGUUCAAGGAUAUCGAAUUAUCGAACAUACUCAUGAACGAUUUCAAGGAGCGUCAUGAAAAUUUUCGUGAUACAGUGGAUAUAACGGUAAAAGUACUAACUAGUUGUUAUUGGCCUACUCAAGUGGCGCUAGAUUGCAUAUUACCUCAAGCAGUGGCGCAGUCAUUCGAUAGUUACAAAGCAUUUUAUCUCGCGAAACAUUCGGGAAGAAAGCUAAAUUUUAAUCCUAUGCUUGGGCAUGCUGAUGUGAAGGCUAUUUUUUAUGGAGGCAAUGCGACUAUGGAUGAAUUAAGUCAACAGGAGUCUGAUGUAGCAGGUCCUUCAUCAAUUCCUCGCAAGGAAGAGCAUAAGAUUUUGACUGUUAGCACUUAUCAGAUGUGUGUUUUGCUUAGAUUCAAUGUCAAGCCGAAAAUAACAUUUCAAGAAUUGGCUGUAGAGACUAAUAUUCCUGAAAAAGAUCUCAAGAGGGCAUUGAUGUCCUUAGCGAUGGCUAAAUCUUCUCAAAAAAUUCUCUGUCGAAAAGGUGUCGGUAGAGAUAUUGAAAAUACAGAUGAAUUCUGGGUUAAUGACAAUUUUACAUCAAAAUUAACGAGGGUAAAAAUUCAAGCAGUAUCUGUUCGCGCAGAGGCAGAACCUGAAAGAAAAGAAACUCGCGCAAAGAUUGAUGAUGACCGAAAGCACGAAAUUGAAGCUGCUAUAGUCCGUAUUAUGAAAGCUAGAAAACAUUUGCAACAUUCUGUUCUUAUUAGUGAGGUGUUGGGUCAAUUGAAACAUCGAUUCCAUCCGUCACCACAGUUAGUCAAAAAUAGGAUUGAAUCUCUUAUUGAACGAGAGUAUAUAAAGAGGAAUGAAGCUGAUAUUCGGCAGUAUGAUUAUGUCGCUUAA